GUAACAAUAAAUACUACUUCAAUAAGCUACUACCAAAAAGUCAAAAAAUCACUGUUUUUCCCAACGCUUUGAUAUUUUCUCUGAUCUAACAUUUCUUACAACCUUAUCCCAACACUUCCCCAACCAAACCAAACCCAUAACAAUGGAAGUUAAACGCCGAACCGCUCGAACCCUCGUUUCGAAACUAAGCUCAGUUUCCGAACAGACCCGAACCCAAGCUUUGUCGGAAUUAAGGCUUAUAUCCAAACACGACCCUGAAAGCCGACCGUUAAUAGCCGAUGCCGGAGCCGUUCCUUACCUUUCCGAAACGCUUUAUUCUUCUUCUCCGACUAUACAAGAAAACGCCGCCGCUACUUUAUUGAAUCUCUCGAUUAAUUCACGUGGCUCUCUCAUGUCCACGCGCGGCCUUCUUGACGCGUUGUCUCACGUGCUGAGUAAUUCAUCUUCAACCGCCGCGGUUCAGUCCUGCGCCGCCACGCUUCACAGCCUCCUCAUCGCUGACGAGUCUUACCGUCCGAUAAUUGGGUCGAAACGUGAUAUUCUUUACUCGCUGUUGUCGAUUAUCACCGCCGCCAACGCGCUGCCACGGUCGAUUAAGGAUGCGUUGAAGGCGCUGUUUGGGAUCGCGCUUUACCAGUUGAAUCGGGCGAGUUUGGUGGAUCUCGGGGCGAUUCCCGCCUUGGUAUCGUUGAUAGUUAGGGAUGCGAGAACGGGGAUCGUGGAGGAUGCCACAGCGGUGCUGGCCCAGGUUGCGGGAUGCGAAGAAAGUGAAGAAGCGAUGAGGAAGGCGGGUGGGGUUAGGGUUUUGGGUGAUUUGUUGGAUGAAGGGACUGGAGCUAGUGGAAGAAUAAGGGAAAACGCGGUGGCGGCGCUGUUGAAUUUGGCUCGAUGCGGAGGCGAGAAGGGGAGGCAAGAAGUAAGAGAAAUGGGGGCUAAAGUUAUGGAAGGGAUUGCUGAUUUGGCUGAGAAUGGAAGUGCUAAAGGGAAGAUCAAGGCUCUUGAGUUGUUGAAAUUUGUUGUUGGUGAAAAUGGAAAUGGAAAUGGAAAUGAGGUGAGGGAUUUUAGGUUUAAUAAUUCCAAUGAUUUGAUGAAUCAUUCUAUAUGAACUACUUUAUUAUUUUGAUUUUUGUGUUUAUAGAUUUAGGCGAAUAUUUAUUGCGCGAGUACAUAUAUUUGAUGCACCGACAAUGUAUAAAUGAUACUUUGUCAUCUCAUUUAAGUUAAUAGUAAUGGAUAAUAAAGAUUUUAGGAAAUUUUUUAUGAGAUAACAAGUUGUUUAUUGAUGAUGUAUAGAAUUAUUCAUUUACUGUAAGUUAUAUAAAAAUUCAUUUGUUGUACAAAUUAGGGAGUUGAAUGGUAUCAUUUUUGCAUAAUAUCCUUCAUGUGGAUGUCAUUUGCAGUGUAAAUUUAUAUUGUAUAUGAUAUGUGCAUGAUAUCCUCUGAUAGUGCUUGAUCCACCAAAUCUUUUUUCACUUUGUUUAAGAUUAUGUUAUGUGCAUGACCAUACUUGUUCAGAUUGUUUAUGAAUGUAAGUUUGUGAAUAAGCUCAAACUGAGAAAAAUCUUGCCUUCAGGAUAACUUAAAUGAUGUUAAUCUUCAUAGUGGUGUGUAUUUUUAUUUAAAGUUUGUGUGAUAGGAACAUCCCUGUGAUGCACUUUGUAAAUAAGCGAACCUGUGAAUAGUUUUACUCCUCAGAAAUUUGGUAUAGCCAUGGUUGAUGGUCCUUGCUGCAUGAAUUUUCAUGCAAUAUUCGUGUCCUGUUUAUUACUCAUGCUUGUAGAAAUAAAUUCAUUUGCUGUAAAGCUGCUGAGGGAUAAUACUUUAGCUUAGGUGUAAAUGACAGAUGUUUGCUAGGAGCCUGGCUAGAGUUCGGUAGGUUAGAAAUUGUUGUCUUUUCAUUGUUUUCGCUUUAGACAGAUUAUCAACCACCUGAAGUCAUGAGUGGCAGCCAUUGCCAUUGUGAAUCAUAGCUGAUGGAAGUUCAAUCUCUAUAGAAAGUUUGGAAUCUCAUAAUGUCAAAUUUUGUUUUUCUAAAAUGAACUUCAUUCAAGUAUCAAUUUCAAGAUAGAAUUUCGAUCAUGCUCAGACCACCAUAGUAUUGUAUAGAAUAGAAGGCUAUGUCCGAGUGUUGGGAAAAAUGAAGUCAUGAGUAGAGAAGGAACAUCAUUGGUUGAUGAGGAAUCUAUAGGAUAUAGCAGGUGCCAGCAUUGGUUGAAAGCGGCAUCGACUUUGGUGAAUAUCAUGCUAACCUCAGCCUGCCUUUUCUAAGAAACUCCUUCCCUAAUAGUAAUUCUAUGUCUUCAUGUUGUUAGUACUUUAGUUUUAAGAUUUUAGGACCUCUUUUUCCAGAUAUGCCUCGUUAUGAUAGUGAAAGCAGGUGGGGUUAGUGGAGAAUUAUGUUAGUUCGUUGAACAAGUCAAGAUAUUUCAACUAUCCUAAUGACAAUUUUAAUUUAACACUUUCUGCUCACCAAUCUCUGUAAUUCCUCUGUGUGUAUUCCUCAUGCGUAGGUUUAAUCCGUCGAUGUGAAGAAUUAUCUUCAUGUCGCCUGUCCGAAGAAUUGCUGCCAAGCUUUCGAAAUUUAAAACUGCUUCAAAAUCUAAUAAAGGAUGUUAAGAUAUUGUCAUGCAUAUGGAUUUAUUACUAAAUCAUAUUUAUGGAUUUAUUACUAUUCAAUCAUAUUUCAGUUGACAUGUCUGAGAAACUGCAAAGGGAUAUUGGCGAAAUUUGAUGCAUUGGCUAGUUUUUUUCCAGAAAAGAGAGUUCAAAAUUAGUCUGCGUAUAUAUGUAUCUUCUGAUUUCUAGGUUAUGGCAAUCUUUCCUUAGAUAUAUUCCAUUGGCUUUGGAUUUUCUGACGUCUAUGUUUGGUGGCUGGGUUGGUCUGGUUUGAUAAACUCGAAAGAAUAGUGUUUCAAUGGUCAGCUCUGGAUGAUGAUUUUGUGCGGUAAGACUGUGUUGAUGUCCAGGUGUUAAUUGGUUCACCCAAGGAUAGUCGUUGAGCCCGUCAUUAAAAAUGUCGAUCAGUUGAAUGGUAUUUUCCAAACACGAGGAGCUGAAACCUUUUCUAUUAUAGCUAUUAGGAGGAGAUUGUGACGUUUCUACCCAUUGAUUUAAGUACACAUGGCUGUCAAAACGAAGGAUGUGACGUUUUGUUUUUUUUAUUAGAUAUGAUAUAUGU